GAAUUGAGUGCGAGCAUAUCGCGUGAGGAGAUUGACGCACACGAUCUGCCCCCACUCGUCGAAGUCCACCACCGUCUCACACAGUUUGCGAAAGUGCUUGUCGAUCAUCUGCAGGCGCUCAGGACACUACGCAGAGGCAUAGCACAGGGAUGA